AUGGCUUGUCGCUGCUAUGAAUACUACUAUACACAGGUAGCAGACGCAGUACCCGUACCGUACCUUUCUUCGUCGCCUCUGGAAGGACUCGGGAAGAAUUGGGCGCUAACCGAAUCGACGAGAGCUUUGGCCUCCCCCCUCCUUGGCAGCCUAUCAACCCUUCUGCGAGUUUUUGCACGCCAGCUCCUCCCUCCUCUUCCCACCAUCCUCCCCAUCCAUUGGAAGCUCACUUCAUCUCCAAAUCAUCUCCACUCCGGCUGUCACCACCCUCACAAUGGUUGCCAUUGCUCGCUCCUUUGGCGCUGCCCGCGUGGCCGCCCGCGGCUUCUCCAACGCUGGUAUGUUGUUGUGCGCCUGCCGAAUUGGCAGCAUCCAUUGAGCUCGCGGCAUCCCCCAGCCCAAGCUCGGCCCUCGCUCCCUCCAUCCAGCAGCCAUUGA